GUCAGCUGUACCUAAACCUUUGCCGAGACAGGCUUUGUAAUGCUAGCACAGCAGUUCUGCUGACUACGUGCACUGUCUGUGAAAUAAGUAUCUUGUGCCCACUCACUGUAUGCCUGCUUUUUUUCAUGUUUAGUCAUCUUUGGAAAAGUAUUUCCAGGACCUAAUGGUAUUUAAGCUUGAUGGUUUUGAAUUAACCCUGAUUUGAAAUUGCUUAUCUAUUAGUGCUGCAGUGCUGUGUAAUAACCCACUUAUACUGACUUUGGUAACACAGGAAUGAGAUAUGGAAAGGUGGUACUUGUUCUUAAAAUAGCUUCCAGAAGGGAGAGGAGAAAUUGGAACUUGCUCUCAUUUCUGUACUGGCAAAACACAGUGAAACUGUUCUAAAGAGCGGAAUCAGUAAGCAUGUGGAGAGAUGAGAGAGUGAUGAAUGCAUUGCAAAGAGAAUUUCUGCUGCACAAAUCCCUUAGAGCAUGUGCUUAAAGAUCAUCUUGUUGAUGCAAGUUUCUAGGUUUUCUUAGAUGCACACUAUAGACACACUCAAAAAAGAUUAUGGAAAAACUUAAGUCAUGAAAUAAGAAAAAAAAAAAGGGAUUUAGUUGUUAAACCAAAGCAAACAAAAAUGCCCCACCAAAACCCAACGAACAGCUAAAGGAAAGUAAAGGGUAAGGAACAUGAUUGGUGAUCGUGGAUGGAGGUUACCAGAAGGAUCUCGGGAGAACUUGUGUUCUUAUUGCAUCAUCUAAGAGGAAUAAGAGCUCAGAGUUAUAACAGAUUAAUGGAAUAAUCAUCUCAGUACUCAAUUUACAGUCAAAAAGGCAAAUGGAAUACAACGAAUAAUCAGCGAAGCAAAUGGGAAUAAAAGUGCAUUAUCUUAUCACUCCAGGAAUCUGCACCAUUCAUUAUCUUGAUUAAGAAGGCAAAUUUAGACACUCAAAGUAGAACAACAAGAAUGAUCAGAGAUAGAGGGCAGCUACUGGGGAAUGAAGAAUGAACUAGUUUGACCCCUCUGUUUGGUAAAGAGUUGACUCAGGAGAUACCAAUGAAACUACAGUCAGUAAUGCUAAGUCUCUGAAAUUAUGAAAAUGACUAGGGAAUGGUUAUUUCAGAAAUUAAAAUUUAUAUUCAGAACUAUAGAUUAGCAGGUGAUAGCUGUUUUAUAGCCCAUAAACACAGUGACCUACAGUCAGCCUCUGACUUUGAAAUAAUCUUUCAACUGUUGGUAGUCUUCUAGUUUCUGAAUAUACCAACCAAUGUAUUGCAACAUACAUUGCUUGUUUCUUCAACUGCAAACAAGCACUUUUAUUUAACUCCUUCCCAUUAAGCUAUAUGGAAAUAGCUGUUAUAUAAAUGUGCAUAUUUGCACAUCCUUCCUUCAAUGCUAACAAUCUCCUUUCCAUAUGAACCCAAAUCUUGUGCUGAUAAUAAUAGAUUCCCUUCCUUUUAUCUCCUGGUGUGUCUUCUCUCCAAUCCCCUCUGUUUUCUCCAGUGCUUCCCCAGAAGUCUUUUAGAGCUUGUGAAGCUGCUGUUAAAAGUCUUCUCUGUUAAUUGGGAGAGUUUUUCUGCUCUCAGGAGGGCUAAUGGUCUUUGUGAUUUGAACCGUGCAUGUUCAAGGUUAGCCAACAGUCAAAGUAAUUUUAAUUUCCUCUUUGCCCAAGUAGAUUUUCUUGUCCUGCUCCAGUCUGAACAGGUAGGUGAGGUUAACCUAAAGAUGAAGAUACCUUUCCAUUUAGAAAUCAAAGAUGACAUGUAAUUUGCAAGUUGGGUUGUGAUUGUGAGAAGGUUGCAAUCUGUUACUUUUUUCUAAAUUGAGAACUUUGUAAAGUUUUGCCAUCUUCAGCACAAAGUGCUUCUGGUGUUAGGAACAUACAUAGAAUACUGGGAAUCAUAAAGAAAAACUUGAAGAUACUCUCAGGCAUAUUUAUUUUUAGACUAGUAUUGUACUUCAGUGGUCACACUUGAGAGGAUAUGUUAUGCAGUCUCUAAUUAAAAUGCAUUGCUCAGGUUCUUGAUAGGUUUUUGAUUUUAAACUCCUGUAAUUGAAGAAUGUGGAAAUACUAAGGUGUCAGUUUGUGUUUUAUAGUGAGAAGCAGUUGAUUGACCAAAUCUGCCCAAUUCUCCAUAAGGAUCUGCUCAAUAAAUUCUUUUCAACAGAGACAAGAAAGAAAAACUGUAACAGAUGGACUGUGGAUUAAUCCAAACAUUAGAACAACCUAAGAAACAGUAAUCAACAUCAAGUCGUCCUAGAAAGGGGUUGCACUGUUUUCACCAGAGAUUUUCCCUGAGCUCUUGGUGCAGUUGGGUUCAUUUUGAUGACUGAAGCAAGCCUAAGGAGACUUGCAUUAAACACAAGAUGUUUUUAUCAGUCUGGCGUGCCAAAAAGAUGGGCAGGAGAUUCAUGAGCAGGGUGCGGAAGACCAGGCAGUUUAAUCUGCCCAGAUUGCCCACAGAAGCUGUUCCUUCCUCUUCUCCCAUUGUCCCUGUGAUCCCUGUCCCACCAGUCCCUGCUGAGACCAUCCCAUCCACCAUACCACAGGCAAAUCCCCCUCCAGUGCUGGUGAAUACAGAUUCUUUGGAGACUUCAACAUAUGUCAAUGGCACGGAUGCAGAUUAUGAGUAUGAAGAAAUUACUCUUGAAAGGGGAAAUUCAGGACUUGGCUUUAGCAUUGCAGGUGGUACAGACAACCCACAUAUUGGGGAUGAUGCAAGUAUUUUCAUUACGAAAAUUAUCGCUGGGGGUGCAGCUGCACAGGAUGGAAGAUUACGGGUUAACGAUUGUAUCCUACGAGUAAAUGAGGUGGAUGUUCGGGAUGUGACACACAGCAAAGCAGUGGAAGCAUUGAAAGAAGCAGGAUCAAUUGUACGAUUGUAUGUCAAAAGAAGAAAACCAGUCACGGAAAAAAUAGUGGAAAUCAAACUUGUGAAAGGCCCCAAAGGUCUUGGUUUCAGUAUUGCUGGUGGUGUAGGAAAUCAGCAUAUACCUGGGGACAACAGCAUUUAUGUAACCAAAAUCAUCGAAGGUGGGGCAGCACAUAAAGAUGGCAAACUUCAGAUUGGAGACAAACUUUUAGCUGUCAACAGUGUUUGCUUAGAAGAAGUUACUCAUGAAGAAGCAGUGACUGCCUUAAAAAACACAUCUGACUUUGUAUAUCUGAAGGUUGCAAAACCCACCAGCAUGUUUAUGAAUGACAGUUAUGCCCCUCCUGACAUCACAAACUCUUAUUCUCAGCCAGUGGAUAACCAUAUCAGUCCAUCUGCCUACCUGGGACAGUCCCUGCCCCCAGCAUCACCAGGGCGAUAUUCACCAGUUCCCAAGGGAAUGCUUGGAGAUGAUGAGAUUACCAGGGAGCCUAGAAAGGUUGUCCUACAUCGAGGAUCAACAGGUCUUGGUUUCAACAUUGUUGGUGGAGAAGAUGGAGAAGGAAUUUUCAUCUCUUUCAUCCUUGCAGGAGGGCCAGCUGACCUGAGUGGAGAGCUUAGGAAAGGAGAUCGUAUAAUUUCUGUAAAUGGAGUAGAUCUAAAAGCAGCAACCCAUGAACAGGCAGCAGCAGCCCUGAAGAACGCAGGCCAAGCAGUGACUAUUGUAGCUCAGUACCGUCCAGAAGAAUACAGUCGUUUUGAAGCUAAAAUCCAUGAUUUACGGGAGCAGAUGAUGAACAGUAGCAUUAGUUCAGGAUCAGGAUCUUUGCGAACAAGCCAGAAGAGAUCCCUCUAUGUCAGAGCUCUUUUUGAUUAUGACAAGACUAAAGAUAGUGGCCUUCCGAGUCAAGGAUUGAACUUCAAAUUUGGUGAUAUUCUCCAUGUCAUUAAUGCUUCUGAUGAUGAAUGGUGGCAGGCACGGCAGGUAACUCCAGAUGGAGAAAGUGAUGAAAUUGGAGUCAUCCCAAGCAAACGGAGAGUUGAGAAGAAAGAACGAGCCCGUUUGAAGACAGUGAAAUUCAAUUCCAAAACAAGAGGAGAUAAAGGGCAGUCAUUCAAUGACAAGCGUAAAAAGAACCUCUUUUCCCGAAAAUUUCCCUUCUACAAGAACAAGGACCAGAGUGAGCAGGAAACCAGUGAUAUUGACCAGCAUGUAACCUCUAAUGCCAGCGAUAGUGAAAGUAGUUACCGUGGCCAGGAGGAAUAUGUGUUGUCAUAUGAACCAGUCAAUCAACAGGAAGUCAGUUACACUCGACCUGUGAUUGUUUUGGGACCCAUGAAAGACAGAAUAAAUGAUGACCUGAUCUCAGAAUUUCCAGACAAAUUUGGUUCAUGUGUUCCACAUACUACUAGACCAAAACGCGAUUAUGAGGUGGAUGGACGUGAUUACCAUUUUGUCACUUCUCGAGAGCAAAUGGAGAAGGAUAUUCAGGAUCACAAAUUCAUUGAAGCUGGCCAGUACAAUAAUCAUCUUUAUGGAACAAGUGUCCAAUCAGUGCGAGAAGUAGCAGAAAAGGGUAAACAUUGCAUUCUUGAUGUUUCUGGUAAUGCCAUCAAAAGGUUGCAGAUUGCCCAGCUGUACCCAAUCUCCAUUUUUAUUAAACCCAAAACAGUGGAAAAUAUCAUGGAAAUGAAUAAACGCUUAACAGAAGAGCAAGCCAGGAAGACAUUUGAGAGGGCCAUGAAACUGGAGCAAGAAUUCACUGAACACUUCACAGCUAUUGUCCAGGGAGACACUCUGGAAGAAAUCUACAACCAAGUGAAACAGAUCAUAGAGGAACAGUCUGGUCCUUACAUCUGGGUUCCAGCAAAGGAAAAAUUAUGAAAACAGAUUUUUAUUUUUCAUUUUCUAACUGACAUCACCUACUACAUCUGACGACUCUUAAGCCCUUCCAGUGGAGCCUGCUCUAGUUCUUUCCAGCGUGGUUCAUACCCUAACCAUCACAUUCUGCAGUUCCCAUAAUGCUUUACAUUUGGUGUCUCUCUUAGUUUAAAUAAUUUGUAUUAUUGUGUGUUGUUGGUUUGCCAUUUUUCAAACAUGAUAGUGGAAUGGCCUGACCAGCUAUUAGUUUAGGGUGGGGGUGGGAGGGAAUUGCUUGGUAAAAUUCCUUAAUGUUUAAGGGAAAGUAACUUUCAAAGAUUUUUCACAAAAGCUUUAUAGACAUUCUUUUAAAAUUUCAUAACAAUUGAAAGAAAAGUUGUAUUCAAGGAAGUUGUAAAUUAUGAGUAACUUUGCACGCUUAACUUUAAUAGCAUGGUUUGGUCAGGGCAAUCAAUUUCAGGUUUUAUUUUCUGAGUUCAAGCCUAUUGUCACGGUAUCUUUUUUUCUUUCCAGGCAGUUAGAAAGAAACUUUCAAAUUUUGAGUUAGCAUUUUCAUUAAGUCCCAUUACUACUCCUAAAGGGAUAUUCAUUUUCAUAAUUUCAUAUGGAUAUUCUUAUAAUCUAUUUUUUCAUUUUUUGCCAAUAAAAUUGCUAGGGAAAAGAUGUGUAAUGUUUUUAAUCUUCCUCAUGAAACACUAUUUAUAGUGUGUUACAGAAAUUCUUUAUAGAUAAUGGUCAUCACAGUUUUUGAGCCUAAAAAUAUGUUUAGGUGCUAGGAAACCUGUAUUUUUCAGAGGAAUGCCAAAUUUCCAUUGGCAGUAAUUCAGAAAACAGCUGCAGAGAUGGUCAUUAGGGCAAUGAGAGAAUGAUUCAUAGCCUAAAAAUGUGUGUGUUCUUAGGGGUCAGAUUUUAAUGAAUAUUUUACCCACAAUAACUGCCUAUUUUGUUAUAAUAAAUAUAUAUAUAUUAAACUUUCUUUAACUAAACUCUGUAACUAUGGGAAUUAUUUUCUUUACAUAGUUGCGCACACGUAUAAAUAUAUAUAUAUAAAAUAUAUAUUUUUCUUUUACCACCUACUCCUAGCUUUUUGUUUUGAAUAAAAAUAAAAAAAACAAAUUAGAAUUUACCUUCCUUAAUCAUGGAAAAAUCAAAUGGUCUGUGAUGGCUGGGCAUGAAGUCCAGGGAAUAUUAGUACAAGAAAAAAAAAUACAUGCAAGUUCUCCUCUUUUCUACGCAAUUCCGGGUGUUUGUCUUCCCGUGUCCCCUUUGUAAUAUGCAUGUCUUAACCAAAGGGAGAAUUCAGAGUCAACAAUAUAUUUUUUUUUUCUGUACAUGUUCGUCUCGGAUUGCACUGGCAUAAGAUCUUCCAUUUACAAUGCACAAAUUUCUGUGCUGAAUGUUAUGAAUACGUUGUACCAAAACCUUCAAUAAUGAAAUUCUCUAAUUCGUAUUAUUUGGUACCUGCCAUUGCUUGUUUGCAACUGAUUGUUUUUGAGAGGGAUGUACUUAUGGCAGUCAUGGGGCAGUCACACAACCAAAUCAGCUUUGGUUUGUAAAGAAUUAUCAACACUAUCCAUUCCAUUUGUUAGAAAGAGGAGAACAGCUAAUAAACUUUAUUGUACAAUAUAUUUGUCAAGUGUGUUUUUAAUUAUGAUAAAUGUGGUGUAGCACUGCAGAAUAAUUGAACAAGACUGUAAACAAAAAUCCAGGUGUUAGACAAACACUUGUGGCCACACUGGGGCUACUGAAGUUACUGCAUUAAAAGCAGGUUUAAACUUGUGACACAAUUAUUGCUGAUGUUGGGAUGCUAAUGAGGCUUGCAGGAGUUUAAAACUGCUGGUGCAUACCCCAGAAGAGUUUCUGGUUUUCAGAUCUGGGAAAUCAGGUGUGCAGCCUUUCUGAGAAUUCCUGCCCAUGAAAGUGCAUGGUGUACUGGAUUGAUGCAGCUUCUCAUAAAUAAUGUCAAAAAUUUUUAAGGUAGCUAGAAGUGUACUGUUGUCUCCCUCUUUGAAAAUGACUGUUUGAGGUAUCUUGUGUGACAUCUUAAAAGAACAACU